AUGAAGUCCCAAACAACAAAGACACAGUUAUUACGCCUCCUGGAACGGUUGCAGUACAAAUUAUUAUCUAUAUUUCCUCGAAGUCCCCUCCCGCAAACUAUCAAGCCUAAUGUCCACUCGGACCUUCGCAAUGAAGCUCUGACCUUAGCUACUCAGCUAGAUGGAAAGACCUUUCGCCUCCCUGACCUAUGGAAACUCUUCUCAGAAUGGCCACUCGCUGCUAAUCCACACGCAGAGAGGCUCGAGGGCCUCGUGGACUCGAUGCUCGAACGCAUUAUCACCAAUGAGAAGAAGUUAAAAGCCUUGAAGAAGGCGGACUUUGGUCGUCUCAUGUCCCUUUGGUAUCCUGACGCGGAAUGGCCCGAGCUUGAAAUAGCCACCGCCUAUUCAGUCUGGAUUUUCGUGUGGGACGACGAGGUCGAUGCCGGAGACACUGAUGUGUCUAACGAUGAGGAGCUCGCUCGAGCCUACUACCAGAAAUCCCUUAGCACAGUCCACCGCCUUCUGGGCCUCGACGAAAGCGAGGGAUCCCAGGAGAUAAUCACACAGGAAGAGCAGUCUUUACAUCCCAACAUGGCUUUAUUUGCCGAUGUUGGUCGGGGUUUACGCAACUCAACGGACAGAAUACAACGAGAGAGAUUCUACCGCGAGUUGGAAAAUUUCAUGAUCAGCGUGGGUGUGGAACACGGACACCGAAUGCGAGGCUCUAUCCCUACUGUGGAAAAGUACCUCCAUAUUCGAUCCGGGUCUGUCGGCUGUGCUCCUCAAAUUGCACUUACAGAGUAA